AAAAACAAACAGCCAAACUCAACCCAACCCCACACCUUCCUUCCUCCCCUGUUCUUCUUUCCACUUCCUCUCUCUUUCUCUCUCUCCCCAUGGUAAAAAUCUCUCUUCCAUAGUACAAGUCUCUUUCUAUCUGUCUAUCUCUCCAUCCAUAGUACAACUCCAUUCCCAUCCUUUUGUUAAUUCACUCCAUCAAUAGCAUUCUCAAAAGCUAACGCAUAGAAACAAGCAUCCCCACAUGUUCCCCAACACUUUACCCUUCUUCUUAUUCUUCUUCCACAUUUUGGGUCUAGCCAACCCAGACCCAGCAGCAACAACAACCCAGUCAUUCUUGCCAAACCCAUCUCUCUCUUCAACCAUUCCUGCAUUCCCAGAACAAUCUAAUGCCGCCAGCUGUCCGUUAGACCUGCCGGACGACCUCUUCCACGGCAUAAAAGUAUCAUGUGGGAGUAGUGAAACUGGACAGCUACACAAGAGCCGUUGCUGCCCUGUUCUUGCAGCAUGGCUGUACUCUGCCUACUCAGCCACCGCUCUUGGCCGAGCUGGCAGAGUAGCCGGUCAUACUACCUCCUCAUAUCUGCCAUUGCUCCCAGAUGACUCGGAGACUUGUGUUGAUGAUCUGGGUAAAGCUUUGAAACAAAAGGGAAUAGAAUUGGUGAAACCAAAUGAGACUUGUGAUUUGGUUUAUUGUUAUUGUGGGAUUAGGUUGCACCCGUUGAACUGUCCUGAGGCCUUUUCUACUAACCAAAUGGGGAAGCUUGUUGGGGAUAAGAAGGUGAAGAGGUUAGAGAGGAAUUGCUUGAGUAGCAGUACUAAUGUGAACCAAUUUCCUGGUCUUGGUGGGUGCUCCAAGUGCUUAAACAGCCUCUAUUCGCUUAACAACAAGGCUUUGAACUCAAGCAAAUCAGAGGACAGCAGAACCAUCAAAAUGCACAACAAAGAUUGCCAGUUGAUGGGUCUAACAUGGCUGCUCGCGAAGAAUCGAACAGCCUACUUUCAUAUAGUUUCUGCAGUUUUACGAGCAAUGAUGAUGAAUGAGGAUCAAUCUGAUCCCCAGUCUUGCAGUCUCAGCAGUGAUGGUAUGCCCCUUGCUGUUGAUUCUUCUGAAAUCUCCAGCAAUUCUUUGUCAAUCUCCCAUCAACCACCCAUCUAUGCAUCUGUUGUUUUUGUUAUCUGUUUGUUUCAUUUGCUGCUCUUUGCACCUUCCACCAAAUUUUAGAUCAUAGCUUCUUCAAUCUAGUGAAUUGUUUGUUGUUGAUCUUGAACUUUUCUUUCUUUGAUUCUGUUUUGUUUUUGUGAAGGCUUGCCCAGGUGUUUCUUCUGUAUUUAUUUUCACUAUAUUUGAGUAGCAUAUUAGUUUUUCUUUUC